AUGGCCCGUCGUCCCGCUCGUUGCUACCGGUACUGCAAGAACAAGCCGUACCCCAAGUCGCGCUUCAACCGCGGUGUCCCCGACCCCAAGAUUCGCAUCUUCGAUCUUGGCCGCAAGAAGGCGACUGUCGAUGACUUCCCUCUCUGCAUCCACAUGGUCUCCAACGAGUACGAGCAGCUGAGUUCCGAGGCUCUCGAGGCCGCUCGCAUUUGCGCCAACAAGUACUUCGUCAAGACCGCCGGAAAGGAGUCUUUCCACCUUCGCGUCCGCGCCCACCCCUUCCACGUCGUCCGUAUCAACAAGAUGUUGUCUUGCGCCGGUGCCGAUAGACUUCAGACUGGUAUGCGUGGUGCCUGGGGUAAGCCCAACGGCACUGUCGCCCGUGUCAACAUUGGCCAGAUCAUCAUGUCCAUCCGUACUCGUGACUCCAACAAGGCUGUUGCCCUCGAGGCCCUCCGCCGCUCCCAGUACAAGUUCCCUGGUCGCCAGAAAAUCAUUAUCUCCAAGAACUGGGGCUUCACCCCCCUUCGCCGCGAGGAGUACCUCGAGAAGAAGGCUGCUGGCCGCGUCAAGGUCGAUGGUGCCUACGUUCAGUUCCUUGCCAACCACGGCUCCCUCGAGCAGAACAUGAAGCGCUUCCCCGAUGCUUUCGCCUCUGAGGCUUAA